AGCCGCGCGGCGAGGUUCGUUCAUCGACCGACGCGGUUAUAAAGAGAGAGCGGUGUCUCUGCACCUAAACAAAAACGUAACCUCCAAGCGUCUGUUCGGCACAUAGUUCCUGGUGUUUUCAUCACUAAUAUGCACAGACAUAUCAAUUAGAAGGCUGAUUAUCGUUCAGUACAUGCAAUGACCCGCCUAUUUCGCUGCAAGUCAGCGACGCCAGUAAACGCCAGCGCCGACGCGGACUCCGAGGUCGUAGUCGAUUCGUUACUGCUUCGGGACUUGCUCCGCGGUACUUGCACGUACAGAUCUUUAAAGAGUUGCCGCACUGAUAACUUGGAGCGGUUGCUGUUUAAAGUUCUCAGAAUGCACGCGGCGAGCGAAGCGGAAGCGCUCACCAACUUGGAGGUGAAACCCCCGUGGUGGCCCGAUGAUAUUCUGCCGUUUCAAGAGGUGAAGAACGUGCGUGAACAAGUGCACAACGUCGUGGCAACAUGGCAUUCUACCUUAGCCGCUGUGCUUGAUUCAUGCGUACAAUAUUAUGGUCGGAAAAGUCUGAAAACCCCACGAAAACCAUUAAAGAGACCAGCUAUGGAUUCCCCCAGAUCAAUUAGAACCCCAAGCCCCUCUCCUGGUCCUUCUUGUGACCCAGAACCUUCUACCCCGAAACGACUUAAGUUAGACGUUAAUGAAAUAUUAAACUCGCCAAAAACCCCUGUUGUGGUUCUAAAAGACGUGCUCAAAGAGAAGUAUCCUGUGUUAGAUAAGACGGAUUACAUGAGUUUCCUAAAAUUGCAGCCUACUAACCUCCCAGUGACUAAUCCUACACCCUCUGUUAUCAAUUCACAUAACCUACAUAAAUGGUACCCUUUCAAAGUUCCUUUCUCUUCUCCCUAUGGGAAAAGAUUGAGGAGUGGGGGUAGAUAUGGUUGUGUAGAUGCAGCCUAUUGUAGAAAACGAGACUGGACCAAUGCAUACCUUGUGGAGAGCACCAGAAGCUCAAGCGAGAGGUCUUCCAAACCGGAGUGCAAAUAUGAAGUGACGUAUAAACCCAAGAAUAACAAGGGCUGUGAACGCAGGUAUAGCUUCCCACAGCGUCAACAUCGGCAACGCCGCAAUGCGAUCAAGGGUAUGAAACAGGCGUUCUGCCGACCUUUGAGCGUGCGUCUCCCUCGGCUGAAUAUUCAACCGUAUCUGCUAAGGGAGCAAAUGCAAAGGGUUUGCGUCUACAUUGACAAACGCAAGACUGAUUCCUAUAUAGUUGAAAAUAUUGCUUCUACGAAGGUAUAAAUAAUUUUUUUAAUUUUUUGAUAAUCUAAGUAAGGAAAUAACUUAAUUUUGUUUUAAAAAUUGUUGUAAAUUAACUUUAAUUUUUUAUUGUCAAGAUUCGACUUGAUUGUUAAAAUCAUUAAUUAAAUUUCACAAACAAAUACAAUAUAUGAAAGGA